GCAACAGUUGCUGUUUCCACACGGACCAUCCGCCACCGUCUCCUUCAUACAGACAGUAGAAUGAACGAUUUUAUUUUUAUAAUUCCACAUAUUUAACCUGCUAAAUUAAAUAUUAUGGCUACGAAACGAAAAGUAGACCUGAUAGUUCCGGCUGAGGAGAGUGACCAGCUCCUCAUCCGUCCUCUUGGAGCUGGUCAGGAGGUCGGGAGAUCCUGUAUCAUCCUGGAGUUCAAAGGGAGGAAAAUAAUGCUGGACUGCGGCAUUCAUCCGGGUUUAGAGGGAAUGGACGCUCUUCCCUACAUAGACCUGAUCGAUCCUGCUGAGAUUGACCUCCUCCUCAUCAGCCAUUUUCACCUGGAUCACUGCGGCGCUCUGCCCUGGUUCCUCCAGAAGACCAGCUUUAAGGGGCGGACCUUCAUGACGCACGCCACCAAGGCUAUCUACCGCUGGCUGCUGUCGGACUACGUCAAAGUCAGCAACAUCUCUGCUGAUGACAUGCUUUACACUGAAACCGACCUGGAGGACAGCAUGGACAAGAUCGAGACCAUAAACUUCCAUGAGGUUAAGGAGGUGGCUGGGAUCAAGUUCUGGUGCUACCAUGCUGGGCAUGUGCUGGGGGCGGCCAUGUUCAUGAUCGAAAUAGCUGGAGUUAAGCUGCUGUACACGGGCGACUUCUCCAGACAGGAGGACAGACAUCUGAUGGCGGCUGAGAUCCCGAGUGUCAAACCUGACAUCUUAAUCAUAGAAUCGACCUACGGCACUCACAUCCAUGAGAAGAGGGAGGAGCGCGAGGCUCGCUUCUGUAACACGGUCCAUGACGUUGUGAACAGAGAGGGCCGCUGUCUGAUCCCCGUGUUCGCUUUGGGCCGGGCCCAGGAGCUCCUGCUCAUCUUGGAUGAAUACUGGCAGAAUCACCCAGAACUCCAUGACAUCCCCAUCUACUACGCCUCCUCUCUGGCCAAGAAGUGCAUGGCGGUGUAUCAGACCUACGUCAACGCCAUGAACGACAAGAUCCGCAAAGCCAUCAACAUCAACAACCCGUUUGUGUUCAAGCACAUCAGCAACCUGAAGAGUAUGGACCACUUUGAUGACAUCGGCCCCAGUGUGGUGAUGGCGUCUCCGGGUAUGAUGCAGAGCGGCCUCUCCAGGGAGCUCUUUGAGAGUUGGUGCACGGACAAGAGGAACGGAGUCAUCAUCGCUGGGUACUGUGUGGAGGGCACCCUGGCUAAGCACAUCAUGUCUGAGCCGGAGGAGAUCACCACCAUGUCUGGGCAGAAGCUGCCGCUGAAGAUGUCCGUGGACUACAUCUCCUUCUCCGCCCACACCGACUACCAGCAGACCAGCGAGUUCAUCAGGGCCCUCAAACCGCCGCAUGUGAUCCUGGUUCACGGGGAGCAGAACGAGAUGGCCCGACUGAAGGCGGCUCUGAUCAGGGAGUACGAGGACAACGACCAGGUUCACAUCGAAGUGCACAACCCUCGCAACACGGAGGCCGUCAAGCUGAACUUCAGAGGAGAGAAGCUGGCAAAGGUGAUGGGAUCCCUGGCUGAUAAGAAAUGUGCUCAGGGUCAGAGGGUGUCUGGAAUCCUGGUCAAGAAGAACUUUAAUUACCACAUCCUGAAUCCCUCUGACCUCUCAACGUACACAGAACUCGCCAUGAGCACCGUCAAACAGAGCCAGGCCAUCCCCUUCACCGGGCCGUACUCCCUGCUCGUCUGCCAUCUGAGGAACCUCACAGGGGAUGUGGAGGAGCUGGACGGGACCGAGAAGAAGACCUUAAAGAUCUUUAAAAACAUCACCCUGAUCCACGAGAUGGGCAUGGUGGUGCUGGAGUGGGCAGCCAACCCUCUCAACGACAUGUUUGCUGACGCCGUCACCACGGUGGUGCUGGAAGUGCAGUCCAACCCAAAAGCUCAGAAAGUGAUGGAGACGCAGAGCUCCAUCAUGGACAUGGACGUCUUCCAGAGCCGGUUAGAGGUCAUGCUGCAGGACAUGUUUGGAGAGGAGUGUGUGGACUUCAGCGACGGGAAAACCAUUUCUGUGACGGUGGACGGACAGACGGUCCACAUCAGCCUGGAGACGCGGUCUGUUUACUGCGAGGAAGAGCUGGCGGAGGACGAGUCCCUCAGAGAGAUGGUGGAGCUGGCGGUGCAGCGGCUCUACGACGCCCUGAACCCCGUCAUCUGAGGCCAGCGGACAAGCUCCGCCCACAAAACUACGACUGUGUGAACAGAACUAUAAGCUAGUUGAACUGUUUGGAUUUUAAGGCACUUUAAGCGUGAUUCCGAGUAGAUUUAGCGUAUUCCAAAAAAAGUAAAAAAAACAAUCCACUGGACUUUGUCUCUUAAGUUUGAAGACGUUUCGCUUCCCAUCCAGGAAGCUUUUUCAAUUCAAAAUGUCAAAAAUAGUUUUGAGUCUGUGGUUUUAUACAGUUGCCCAUCAAAACCUUGUUUUUGUUUUGAAAACAUGCAAAGUGAAACAAACAAAUUCGUUCAAUCCCUUUGCCUGCAAUG